UUUAUAAACUGAACAAGUAUUAUUAAACAUCUCCAAAUAAAAAAGUGAACAAGUAAAGAUGUACGGAGGGAGUAAUUGUUAGUCUUCACCUUCCUAUAAAUAGAAGCAAAAAUAGAAGCAUUAUCAUCCCAAAGCCUUUGUUUCCUCCAAUAGAUCACAUUUAGUUUCUUUCAAUAAUUAAGUCAUCAUGGCUUUUCGUUUGAGUCAUUUGAGCCUUGUUCUAAGCCUUGUGGCACUUGCACUUGCAGGUGUUGCUAUUUAUAGAAACACCUAUGAAGCCAUGAUGAAUAAUGGAGGACUCCUCCAAACUGUUUCUCCAGAUAUUGGUUUGUUGGAAUCAGCAGCCAGUAUAUUAACGUUAAAUAAUAAGAAUAAUAUUGGUGCAGAAAGAAAGUCAGCCAAAUUGAAUCAGCAAUUAACACAGGAGUCAUGCGUUUUCUCAGCUGUUAAUGGAGUUGUGGACAGUGCCAUUGAUGCUGAAACACGCAUGGGAGCUUCCCUCAUUCGUCUCCACUUCCAUGACUGCUUCGUCGAUGGUUGUGAUGGAGGUAUUCUUCUAGAUGAUAUUCCUGGAUCAUUCCAGGGGGAACAAACCUCACCACCCAACGAUAACUCAGCCAGAGGCUUCGAAGUCAUUGCACAAGCUAAACAAAGUGUUGUAGAUACAUGCCCCAACAUAUCUGUAUCUUGUGCUGACAUCUUAGCUAUUGCUGCUCGUGAUUCUGUCGCUAAAUUAGGAGGACAAACCUAUUCGGUUGCACUAGGGAGAAGCGAUGCAAGAACAGCCAACUUUACUGGUGCUUUACUUCAACUUCCAGGUCCAUCCGACAACCUAACAGAACAAAUACGAAAAUUCAGCGACAAAAAUUUCACUAUCCGCGAAAUGGUGGCGCUAGCCGGGGCACACACGGUGGGUUUCGCCAGGUGCGUCACCGUGUGCAACAGCAACAACGUUAACCCUGCUGCACAACUCCAAUGCAACUGCUCUGCUACACAGACAGACUCCAAUUUGCAACAAUUGGAUGCAACUCCUGCUGUUUUCGACAAAGUUUACUACGAUGCGUUAAACAGCAACCAGGGGAUAAUGUUCUCGGAUCAAGUGUUGACAGGGAACACAACAACUGCUGCUAUUGUAACCACUUAUAGCAAUGAUGUUAACGUUUUCUUGGGAGAUUUUGCUGCUGCAAUGAUCAAGAUGGGGAACUUGCCUCCUUCUGCGGGUGCUCAAUUGGAAAUUCGCGAUGUUUGCAGCAGAGUCAAUCCAAGUUCUGUGGCUUCUAUGUGAAAAUGGAACAAAAUUGAAAUUGGGAAAAAUAAACCGAAGUGUUAACUAUAAAUUAGUUGCUUGAUGUGUGUGUUUUUUCAUAAUAAAAGAAUCACUGGCUCCAGAAUACUGUUCUGGUAAAUUUGUUUUGUAAUUUGUGUUAGUAUUUGUUUUCAUCCUUUCAGUAUUAUGAUCAGUUGAUGCAAUGUAUAUGUUCCAAAAUAUAUGGAUAUUGUUGUCCUUGUGUGCUA